AUGCAUGGAGAUGGAGGCGGCGAUGGCGACGAUUCCUUUAGCCUGGCAGCAUCCAGGUCCCCGGGCGCAGCUGGUAUCGCGGCUGCGACAUGGAGGAGGAAGGGCGGCGCUGUGGCCAGCCCGCAGGUUUAUCUUCCUUGGCUCUCUUUUGGCACAUGUCCCUCGUCUGUGAGUUGAGGUCCUGACUCUCUUCCUGUUGAUUUUUUUUUUUUGAGAAUACAAGGAAGAGACAUCUUUCUCUGAAGAUGAACUCAAGUGUCCCCCUUCAGAAUGUGCCCAAUGCCACCUUGCUGUACAUGCCUCCCUUGCAGGAAGGAAACAACACUUCACUCCGGGAGGAUCUUCGAGAUUUUAUCCACAUGGCCACAUUGGUCACCUGCACUUUUCUGCUUGCCAUUAUCUUCUGUCUAGGCUCUUAUGGCAACUUUAUUGUCUUCUUGUCUUUCUUUGACCCAGCCUUCAGGAAGUUCAGAACCAACUUUGAUUUCAUGAUCCUGAACCUGUCUUUCUGUGAUCUCUUCAUCUGUGGGAUUACAGCCCCCAUGUUCACCUUUGUGCUAUUCUUCAGCUCAGCCAGUAGCAUCCCAGAUACUUUCUGCUUCACCUUCCACCUUACCAGUUCAGGCUUCACCAUCAUGUCCCUCAAGAUGGUGGCUGUAAUAGCCCUGCACCGGCUUCGAAUGGUGUUAGGGAAGCAACCUAGUUGCACUGCCUCCUUUUCCUGCAUCUUGCUCCUCACCCUGCUUCUCUGGACCACCAGUUUUACCCUUGCCACCUUGGCUACACUGAGAACCAGUAAGUCUCACCUGUGUCUCCCCAUGUCCAGUCUGAUGGCCGGAGAAGGGAAAGCCAUUCUGUCCCUGUAUGUUGUUGACUUUACCUUCUGUGUUGCUGUGGUGUCUGUUUCUUACAUCAUGAUUGCUCAGACCCUUCGGAAGAACGCUCAAGUCAAAAAGUGUCCCCCUGUGAUUACAGUUGAUGCAUCUAAACCACAGCCAUUCAUGGGGGCCUCUGUGAAGAGAGGUGGAGAUCCUAUCCAGUGCACUAUGCCAGCUCUGUACAGGAACCAGAAUUACAACAAACUACAGCACAUUCAGACUCAUGGAUACACUAAGAAUCCCAACCAGAUCCAGAUUCCCUCUGCCAAUCGACUCCAGCUGGUAUCAGCCAUCAACCUUUCUACUGCCAAGGAUUCCAAAGCAGUGGUCACCUGUGUAAUCAUUGUGUUGUCAGUCCUGGUGUGCUGUCUUCCUCUGGGGAUUGCCCUCGGGCAGGUGGUUCUGUCUCACAAUGGGAGCUUCGUCCUUUACCAGUUUGAACUAUUUGGAUUUACUCUGAUGUUUUUCAAAUCAGGAUUGAAUCCUUUUAUAUAUUCCCGGAACAGUGCUGGGUUGAGAAGGAAGGUACUCUGGUGCCUCCAGUACAUUGGCCUGGGCUUUCUCUGCUGCAAACAGAAGACUCGACUUCGAGCCAUGGGUAAAGGGAACCUUGAAAUCAAUAGAAAUAAAUCUUCCCAUCAUGAGACAAACUCUGCCUACAUGCUGUCUCCAAAGCCACAGAAGAAAUUUGUGGACCAGGCUUGUGGCCCAAGCCACUCAAAGGAAAGUGUAGUAAGUCCCAAAGUGUCUGCUGGACAUCAGCACUGUGGUCAGAGCAGCUCAACGCCCAUCAACACUCGGAUUGAACCAUACUACAGCAUCUAUAACAGCAGCCCUUCCCAGGAAGAGAGCAGUCUGGGAAAGUUACAGCCAGUAAACUCUUUUGGAUUUGCCAGUUCGUACAUUGCCAUGCACUAUUACACUACCAAUGAUCUGAUGCAGGAGUAUGACAGCACGUCGGCAAAGCAGAUUCCCAUCCCCUCUGUUUAAAGUUCCAAGGCCAGAGAAUCAGGAGGGAAGGGUUUCCAAGAUGGAACAAAACUUUGAAAGAUUUUAAGGUCAGUGGCAAAACAAAACUUGAAGAGUCAGUCAAAGAGCUGGCCAUUAGACUUUCUUUGGUCUGAGUUAUUAGUGUCCGGUGUGCUUCAUGGUUUCUUGACAUUUUAAGAUUUGAUGUAUAAGUUUAUUUCAGUUUUCACUCUAAUGUGUGUCCCAAUCUUUUGUACUGAACUACUAAGAAGAUGCCAGGAACAAUCCUACUGAUGACAACCCUUUAAGUCAGUGUUAUGGGUCUUUAGAUUUGUAUUGGCCACGUUUUUAAAAGGUGUUUGAAAAAAGAGACCUUUCUGAAGUGUUAUUUUUAUAAAAAUAUGGAAUUUGAGUCUUUGAAGUACUAAGAUAGAAAACAGUAUACUUUUUGGUGGCAAGUUGAUUUAAAUAAAAACUCACUGUCAAAGCA